UUGAUUUUAUACCGAACGAAUGCGUGCGGAUUGACAACUGAUACGGAGUGGUAAGUUUUCCUUCAAUGAAGAGUUGAGUCGGGAGGGAGAUCGUUGUUCAAAUCCUCGUCAUUCCACAGCUUAAACACAGGCUGUGCAUAUCAAGCGCUCAAGUUCUGUUUUCUCACAAUAUGCACAGUUUUCUUAUCUCGAUUGUCAUUCUCAGCAAUGCAUCUGGUAGUUCUACUAUCACCAAAGCCUGCAUUCAUGGUUUCUUCCAGCUCAAUGGGAUUCUCUGGUCUUUGUCUGUGCUACAUUUCUGCUCAGAGCCGAACAGCACGGCCAGAUCCGUCAUCCUCCUUAGAAACAUCGUUAAGGUCAUUCAUCGGUAUCACCCAAUGAACCAUCAUACAGGAACGCGCUGCUCCGAUCAUCUGCCAUCUAUUCCUUUCGUCAAUUAGACAACUUCAACUCUCGACUGCCUACCUGACUUCAGGAGCUCGUCAAGUU